AUGCUACCAGACGGUCCUUUGAAUGCAUCUGUUGGUGGGACUGUGAUGCUCAGAACAAACCUGAAUCCAACAGAAGAACCAUUUCUGUCACUAAUCUGGACUUUUGAUGACAUCACCACAAUAAUAAACUCACUGUCCGACAUUAAUGUAACUGCUCCUGAGUAUGAAGGCAGGAUCACUCUCUUCAGAUCCACUGGAUCUCUGGAGCUCAGGAAUCUCAAAUUAAGUGACAGUGGAGAGUACAUACUUAACAUUUUAACAGCUGAAGGUUUGCAUAUAAUAGGACGCACCAGAGUGGACAUUUAUGGUGAGCAGAUGUUUAAACCAAUAACAAAUGCAUUUGCUGGAUUCUCUAAAGAGCCAGUAUCUAAUGUAGCAGUAACAGCACAAAGUUCAGACUUGGUUGAGUUCAAGAGUUCUGUCCGUCUGUCCUGCUCCUCCUCUGGAUCUUCUCUCUCCUUCCUCUGGAUGAACAGCAGCUCUGAGGUUUCAGUCAGUGACAGAGUUCAGAUUUCUGAUGGAGGAUCCAAACUGACUAUAGUCAAUGUAACUCGCUAUGAUCAGGGACUGUACCGCUGUCAUGUGUCCAAUCCUGCCAGUUCUGGAGUUAGUAAUCAAGCAAACCUUUUUAUCAGCUGCUAA